AUGUCACUACAAAGCAAUAGUGUAAAACCAACAGAGAUACCUUUAUGUGAGAUCAGACGCCCACUGGCGCCCGUAUUGGAUCCUCAGAAAAUCGAUGCAAUGGUGGCCACAAUGAAGGGGAUUCCGACGCCCAGCAGGACAUGCUCGCUGGAACAGGCUGAGGCGGCAGCCUCAGCCAAGGAGCUGCCGCCCGUCGACGUGCUGGGUGUACGAGCCCAGGGAAAGACACUAUACUAUGCCUUUGGCGGCUGCCACCGCUUGCAGGCAUACGAUCGCCUGGCUCGCGAAACACAGAACGCCGCCUUCCUUGUGCGCUGCAGGGUGCUACCGGCCACCCCCCGGCAGAUCCGCAUGUACCUGGGUAGUAGUCUCGAUAUCGAAUGA